UCUUUUUUGUUGUUCGCCUUAUUCAUAACAAACAAACUUCUCCAAUCAUUCAUGGCCUAAAUUAUAGAAACGUUUUGUUAAUGGAAUUUUGUGUUCAAAUUUAAAACUAAGUGAUAUGGAUAAAAGAUAUGGAGCCAAUUCAAAUAUAUAUCACCAAUGGAAUUGUAUCAAACAAACUGCACUUUUUCUGCAAAUUAUAGUUGUGGUUGUUCUAUGCUUCUUCUGCUAUGGAUCUGCAUUAAAUGGAACUUUUGUUUUUGAUGACACAGUUGCCAUUAAACAUAACAAAGCCAUAACUCAAUUGCCAACAAAUUAUACAGCAAUAUUUACAAGAGACUUUUGGGGUGCCGCCAUUACCGACGAAGAUUCCCACAAAUCCUAUCGCCCACUUACCUCCCUUAUGUUUCAUUGGGAAUGGAUGAUAUGGAAAAUGGAGCCAUAUCAUAUGAAAAUGAUUAAUAUGUUUAUGCACAUGUUAAAUAGCAUAUUGGUGCUAAUGGUGGUGAGAAGAUUUCAAUUUGAGAAAUCUUACAUCUCACAGCAUACACAGGAUGUGGCUUUUGUAGCGGCUGUGUUAUUUGCAGUACAUCCUGUUCAUACAGAAGCGGUAUGCGGUAUUGUGUCCAGAGCUGAUUUAAUGUUUUGUUUUAUUUUUCUGCUGUGCUUAUGGAUGUGCUCGGCGAAUUUUAAUUUCAUUUGGCAACAAGUGUUUAUCAUUUCCAUGACAUUUGUGGGAGUACUUUUUAAAGAAUCUGCAAUAACUAUACCCUUGGCUUGUGUAUUGGUUACUUUUGGCCUAGAACGUUGGAACACUUUAUGUUGGAAGCAACAAUUAAAAAGGCUGGUGUGUAAAAGAAAUUUAUUUUAUGGCAUAUCAACUUUGGGCAUAAUACUCUUUCGUCUUUGGCUGGCUGACUUUAAAACACCUAAAUUUCGUGCUGCCGACAAUCCAGUAGCUCAUGCCGAAAAUCUUGCAACCAGAAUAUAUUCCCAAAAUUAUAUUUAUUUCUUUAAUUUGAAAAUUCUCAUCAACCCCUUGCAUUUGUGUUUUGAUUGGUCCUUCGAUUGCAUACGCCUGAUUGAGAGAAUUGCGGACAAACGAUUGCUGCUAGUGCUAUGUCUCUAUGCUAUGGUUACCGUUUUACUUUUGAAUUAUAAUAGAAAUUUUCCACCCGUAAUUGGUUUGGGUCUAAUGGUUAUACCCUUUUUGCCGGCAUCGGGUAUAAUUAAAGUGGGCUUUGUGAUUGCCGAGCGGGUAUUGUAUGUUCCUUCGGUUGGAUUUUGUUAUAUCACGGCAUAUGGAUUCAUUUGGCUUAGUGAGCAUAUAAAAUAUCGCAAAUGUUUGCAAAUUGCCUUUGGACUUGUUGUCAUCAUAUUUGUGCUCAGAUGUAGGCAACGAUCUUUGGAAUGGCUAACGGAGGAAAGGCUGUUUUGGUCUGCCUUGGAAGUUUGUCCGAAUAAUGCAAAGGUCCAUUACAACAUAGCUCGUCUAGCUACUGAUGUGAAAAACAAUAAAAAGGCAUUUCAUCAUUACCACAAAGCAAUUGAGCUAGCACCAGAUUACGAUGCCGCUUUAAUGAAUUUAGGAAACCUUUAUCGUGAUAAUGGCAAUUUGCCAAAAGCCGAAAACUAUAUAAAGAAGUCAUUGGAGAUAACUCCCGAUUUUGCUACAGCAUGGAUGAACUUGGGUAUUGUACAAGCGGCCAAUAAAAAUUACAAAGAGGCCCUUGAUAGCUAUAACAAUGCCUUAAAAUAUCGCAAAAACUAUGCCAACUGCUUCUAUAACAUGGGAAAUCUUUACCUCGAACUAAAUCAAUAUAACGAAGCACUCAAAUAUUGGCAAUAUGCGGUUGCCAUAAAACCGAGCCUUCGUCAGGCAUGGGCAAAUAUUCUUACCAUGUUCGAUACUAAAUCCAUGUUUAGUGAAGCUUUAAAUGUUUCAGAACAGGCUUUGAAGCAUUUGCCUUUAGACUCUUCAAUACUAUUUUUACGUGCCAACGUCUUGGGUAAACUUGGAAGAUAUAGUGAGGCGGAAAAUCUAUACAAACAGGUUAUUGGCAAAGAACCUCUUAAUUAUUUGUAUCACACCAAUUUAGCUGUAUUAUAUCAUCGAUGGAAUCGUUUCUCCGAUGCAAUUGAUUCAUACCGAAAAGCUUUGGAAGCCAAUCCACAAAAGGCGACAACUGCCAGGGAAAAUUUAAGCAAAUUGAUUAAUGUAUUAGCAAAACAAAAACAAGUGAAACAGCAAUGAGUAAAAUUUUAAAAACAUGGACGACUGGUAAUUUCCUUAAAUUUAUUUAUACAAACAUAAUUUAUUAACUUUAGAAUAAGAAGUAUGAGUCUUUUAAACUUUUU